CCAUGCACAAAGGUGAGCGCUUUUCUUUCUUCUCAACUGUUACCAUGAGCCUCUCCAUCUUUAUCUUCUUCCACUUGUUGUCAUACUUCCACUUUUCCUUCUCUGUCCCACAACCGUACACCUCAAUAUUUAACUUUGGGGACUCCCUAUCCGACACUGGCAACUUGCUUAUCCUAAAUGCUAGUGCACCGAUCGGCAGGCUCCCUUAUGGCAUGACCUUCUUUGGUCGCCCUACGGGUCGUUUCUCUGAUGGACGGUUGAUCAUAGACUUCAUUGCUGAGGCUUUCGGGCUCCCAUUCCUUCCACCAUCCUUGGCUCGCGGCCAAGAUUUCCGUCAUGGAGCCGAUUUUGCCGUCUCGGGUGCCACAGCACUUGACAUUGAAUUCUUCCGACGGAGAGGCCUUGGUGCUGUCGCUAGGGUCAAUCAGUCCCUGGGCGUCCAGCUUCGGUGGUUCGAAGAGUUGAAGCCUUCCCUCUGCAACUCAACUAGAAGUUGCAAGGACUACUUCAGUAAAUCUCUCUUCAUGGUCGGAGAGAUUGGAGGGAAUGAUUACAACGUUCCCUUGAGCGUAAAGAGGAGCUUGAAGGAAGUGAGAUCAUACGUGCCCAAAGUCAUUGAAACAGUUUCGAUGGCCAUCGAGAGAUUGAUCGAACAUGGGGCAGUGGAUCUGGUGGUGCCCGGGAAUCCACCCAUUGGCUGCUACGGGGCGUUUCUCACGCUUUACGAGAGUCCUAACAAAGAAGACUACGACCCCCGGACUGGAUGCCUGAAGAAGUUGAACGAUUUGAUGAGAUACCACAACAAGCUGCUGCGUCGGUUAUUGGAACAGCUUCGGAUCAAAUACCCACGGUUAAGGUUCACUUACGCGGAUUACUAUGGUGCGGCAAUUCGAUUGGCUCGCCAUCCAAAACGCUACGGAUUCAGCAAUGGAGUAUCAAGAGCCUGUUGUGGAGGUGGCGGCCCAUAUAAUUUUAAUUCAACAGUUAUUUGUGGUCAACCAGGUUAUAACGUUUGUAAAGAUCCCUCAACUUACGUAAGUUGGGAUGGCAUCCAUUCAACAGAAGCUGCCCACCGUUCCAUUGCAAUGGGUUUGCUCCAUGGUCCUUAUACUGACCCACCCAUCAUGAGUGCUCGGCUCCAUUAGAACCGGUAUGGACAUUAAUACGAGUUUAGCUAAUUAAAAUAAAAUAAACAAGAAAUUGUGACACCAUUUGGCAUCGACUAUAUUCUUCAUAUUUCUCCUGGCAUGUGGCUCGAUCGGCUUGCUCCAUGAGGCUUGAUGAACUACACUUUCUUUUAGUUACGGCGAAGUGACGCAUGAUAAUAAGUUUGUAAGUUCCUAUACCGUGCUUACCGCAUGGUCUUGUUUCUGUUUAUUUUGUAUCUUAGUCCACGUGGUCCUCUACCUACAAUGAAUACCGAGCACAUGUAAUGAUCAAAUUUAUAUUACUGUAGCAAUUAAAAAAAAUGGUAAAGCAA